ACCGAAUUUCAACCAGGAUGUUUUGGCUAAAGAUUCAUGUGAUCAAACGGCAAUGGUUUGGUUCGUGCACCUUCGUUGCCGCCGUGUAUAGGGAGGGAAGAAAAGGUUCGAGAAAGGAAGGAUAAUGUGGGAAGAUGAAAUUGAAUAGGCAGUUAUCAGUUCAGAUAUGGAAACAAAGUGUUCGGAUCAUAAGAUAUGAAAUCAAAUCGAGCGGCGAAUCAUCUUCGAUACGUAACUUACUAAGACACCUUCUUUGCCUUCUCCAAGGGAGACUAAUGAGUUAACUCAGGAUAAUGACAAUGAUCUUAGAAUGAGCAAAUUGAUCCGACAAGCAAUUGCUAACUCACCAGAUAUAUUGCCCCCAAGGCAUAGUCAUAGCAAGGCAAUGAACUUGCAAAGGUCUAGUAGACCACCAAGAAACCAAGAUGUGGAAGCCAUUAACAACGCGAACGAGGCCUCGGUCACGAGAGGCCUGCAUUUUAAUCCGAACCGGAUGCUUCGAAAAAGCCAUAGUGAUCUUGCAUUCCAAGAACUGCAAGGGUUCAAGGACUUGGGAUUCACAUUCGACGACGGAGAUUUGAGCCCUGAUGUGGUUAAUAUACUCCCAGGCUUGCAGGGAACUAAGAUAGAUGAGUUGGAGCAAGGGAAAGUGAGGAAGCCAUAUUUGUCCGAGGCAUGGCUCGUACAAGGCCCUGCACCUCCUCUUCCAGCUUGUGUAACUAAGAACUCAGCAGAGGAUAUGAAGGCACAAAUCAGGUUUUGGGCCAGAGCUGUUGCCACUAAUGUUCGACAAGAAUGCUGAGAAUUCAUUACAAAACUUGACAUUAUUAUUUCUAAUCUAAUUUUUCCAGUUUCCCAGAUUUUUAUUUUGUUUUCAUGUAGGACUGAUAAUAUAUUCUUUCCCCACUGUUCAUGUUCCAAAGGUAUUUGUAAUUAUUUUGUUUAGAUAAAUAUUUUUAAUAAAAUAAUUUUUGAGUUGCCAAUA